GAAUUUCAGUACAAUUCGAGCGCGUGUCAAAACAAGUUGAGUGAGAUAAUGGUUGGCAAACUUGUCUUGAUUAUUUUAUAAAGAAGAUACAUUCUCGCGUAAACAAAUAUUUGUUGUUCAAGUUUUCUGGUCACACCACAACGAAUUAACAAACAUACACUGAAUUUAAACGAGCUAAGUAAGUAAACAAAGUACUAUACAUAUGUUGUUACGUUUAGUGUUGAAAAUUUAAAGUCAUUGCUAAUUCCAUGACAACAUGGAAUAAAUGCAAAUUCUAUAAACAAAUCAAACGGAAAUGGACUAGACUCGGUUAAAAUAUAAUGUAAACACACGAAAUCCGCGAUCCAUGAAUUAGGGGACGUGAGCAAAAAGCGAAAUAUUAAGAACAAAAACAAAAAGGCAAAUUAAGUGUAUUUCCAUACGUGUAAACAAGCUCCAAAGCAAUAACAACAAGACAAAAUGCGUUUCGGCAGAAUCACAACAGCAACAACUAAUAAAAGCAAACAUACCGGAGCAAUAACCGCUGCAAAGUAGCCAAUUUGUGUGGGUGGUAAAGUGUAAAAGAACCGCGUCUGCUGAAUAAAGUGCUUAGUAUUGUCGAAUUGUAACUGUUGGAAAAUAUAAGUAAGCACUGCGAAAAACGUUUUAUUUAUACCUCAAACAGGUGCACAUCAAGCAACGACAGCAAUAGUAGCUGCAAUAAGCAUACUUAAGUGGAAUCACAAUUGCACAACGCGUCGCUCACCGGCUGCAUUAACGGAUGGAUGCAUCAACACAUCAGAGGGCAACGAACUGUUGAUUGGAAUAUAUUGAUUGCGCUAACUCCAAAGUUGCAAACAAUACAUGAAAUGGCACUAUUAAAAUUAGCUAGUAAACAAAUACAACCCUGAGUCGCAGCUGAUUCGCCUGACACACUCACAUAUAUUUAUUUCUUUUUCCUUUGGCAACUUCGCUUUAAUAUUUAAUAUUAAUAAAAAUAAGUAUGAGUGCUUCUCAAUCUACACUUAUAGUAAAGAAUAUACCAAAAUUCAUAAGCGAUAUAACAUCGAUAUUACCAUCGGCAGCGAAGGAAGUGAAACCAUUUGGCCGCCGACGCGUGCUGCUCACCUACGAGAAUGAACAGGCGGCUCAAACCGUUUUCGAGCAGCUGCAGCAGUUGGAAGUUAAGCCUGGUAAACUGCUGAAUGUAACAUUCUUUCGCAAAAAUGUGAAACCGGUUGCAAAUACUAAUAUUGGAAAAACGACGACCUCUAGCAAAGCGACGCAGACGAAACUACAUCCAAGCAAUGAGACGGCAUUACCACAAAUCAGCAAGCAACUAGGCCUUGUUGAAACUAUAUAUGAAGAGAACGGCGCUGACAAGAACAAUGCAUCCAGUUACUUAACUAAGCGAAAUAAGCCGCAAUUAUCAACACAACAUUACAAAUAUCUAAUUUGCAUCGAUUUUGAAGCAACCUGCUGGGCGGAUCAAGCUCCACCACAAUGGCGUGAGUCCGAAGUAAUAGAAUUCCCCGCUAUUUUGGUGAAUGCGCAAACAGGUAAAAUUGAAGCCGAAUUCCAUAAAUAUGUCAUGCCAAUUGAAUCGCCGAAACUGAGCGCAUACUGCACCGAACUUACUGGCAUCAAACAGCAUAUGGUCGAUGAUGGAAUGCCAUUGCAAACAGCUAUCAUGAUGUUUCAAGAAUGGUUACGCAAAGAGUUACGCGCACGAAAUUUACAACUGCCGAAAAUGUCCAAGGAUAAAAUGACUGGCAAUUGCGCGUUUGUCACCUGGACCGAUUGGGAUUUUGGUAUUUGCUUGGCGAAAGAGUGUCAGCGGAAAAGGCUGAAGAAACCUUCCUAUUUCAAUCAGUGGAUCGAUUUACGUGCCGUUUUCCGGGCGUGGUACAAAUAUAAGCCGUUAAACUUUGCCGAUGCCAUAACGCAUGUCGGGCUCACAUUUGAGGGGCGUCCACACUCGGGUCAAGAUGACGCACGCAAUUUGGCGGCGUUGGCGCAUAAGAUGACAUGUGAUGGCGCGCCACUGGCGAUAACUAAGGACCUCGCGCCAUUUCAACUCAACUCGAAUUGCAUGCUUUAAGCUUUAAGUGGCAAACUGGUGGUGUAGAAAGUAUGAAGUUGUAUUUUAUUUUGUAUGCCUCUUUUUUAUAUUAUCCACUUAAAAUACUUGCAAUUUUCAGAAGACCUUAUGAAUUAUUAUUUAAAUGUUUCGUUUUUUUUUUGUUUGUAUAAGAAUUGUUUUUCGCGAUUAUUUAAAAUUCUGUGUGAUUUUGAAUAUAUGUUUUAUGGAAAAAUGUAAUAAUAAUGCGUUUAGUAAUUAGUCGAUAUACAUAUCUGCUUCAUUUUAAAUGUAUUCACAAUUUUAAUAUAUUAUUUUUUUAUUGAUUCAAAAAUAAUACAUAUGCAUUUAUAUUUGAACUCUGCUACUUAUAUAAUAUGAGAAACUGGCGCUGAAGUGCUUA